AUGAGCGGUAGUAAGAAAGCAUGGAAACCCUUUGUCAGGUUUGAGUAUCAGAACCUCUUGCCAACAAAUCUACGUAACAAGCUGCGUAAAUUAUUGGUGUUUACGGAAGCUACAGGCACCAAACAAGUAAACCAAUCGCCAGCGGUGUCACAAGGAUAUCGCUAUCCGUCACCAGACAAACAGGCCGAGGGUGUCUUUGUGCCAUCCAGUGACUCAAAGGACAGUAUCUACAAUAUCAGCUACUAUACGCGUGAUAUCCGUCGCUUCCCACAGCCACUUGAAGUGGGUAUUCACCCGUCUAUCCCCGUGGAAAAGCGUGCUGAGAUCCCAGCCGAUGCCAAACGUGGUUCACCAGGGAACAAAAACCCGGCAGUGCUGAGUUAUGACUCGACAGGCACACGCUCUGCCAUGUCGACGACUCACGAAGCCCGUGACAAGCUCAUUAUGCAGCACGUUUCGACGCACAAUGUGCGUUUUGAAUGGGAAGGUGAUGCUGAAAAGGACAUUGUCGAUGAUAAUGAGGCGAAGAAUCUACCGCCUACGCCUGGUCGUCCCUUUGUAUGGGACUUUCCUUCGCAAAGUCGCAUAAUGCGCUGGUAA